CACAAAGUGGUGAAGCCCUGACACUCGCUGCCAUGUGGAUGCACCCUGAGAACAUGAGGCUCAGCGAGAGAAGUCAGACACAGAAGGACACACAGGGUGUGACCGCACUGAGGAGAAACGUCCAGAACAGCUAGAUCCACAUAGUCAGAGAGUGGGUUCCUGGUUGUCAGGGGCUGGUGAGGGACGGAGUGGUUGGUAAGGGCGUGAGGGACAAUUUUGGGUUGAUGGAGGUGGUCCAAAGCACGGAAGUAGGGACGGCUACACAGCUCUGUAAACUGUCCCCAUGCUCCCCAUUUUAGCCUGAAGGGUGCGGUGAUGGAAAUGGUCCAGAACAUGGCAGUAGUGACAGCUACACAGCUUACUAAACUGUCCCCCGUGCUCCUGUGCAGCCUGUGAGAGCAUUGCUCUCAGGACGAACGGCUGACCGCAGGAAGACUGAACAACAGUGUGUCCUGUGCCCAGACGCUCAGCUGGCGCCCCCCACAAGCGGAAGUCACUGGGAGUUCCUGAGCCUCCACAGUGACUGGCAUCAGCCCCAGGGACUCACAGGGCACGGCACCCCUGGCCCCAGAGCCUUCCCUCUGGUUCUCAUCAAUGGCUGUCAACAGACUUGCAUGCAAUAUUCCUUUCUUUUCUUUUUUCUUUUCUCAGUCCCUCAGCAUGCAAAGGGGUGAAUACGUGACACUCGCUGCCAUGUGGAUGCACCCUGAGGACACGAUGCUCAGCAAAAGAAGUCAGACACCGAAGGACAUACAGGGUGUGACACCACUGAGGAGAAACGUCCAGAACAGGCAGAUUCACAGAGUCAGAGAUUAGGUUCCUGGUUAUCAGGGGCUGAGGAGGGGACGGAGUGAUAGCUAAGUGGAUGAGGGACAUUUUUCGGGUGAUGGAAGUGGUUCAAAGCGUGGCAGUAGGGACGGCUGAACAGCUCAGUAAACUGUCCACAUGCUCCCCGUUGUAGCCUGUGAGAACAUCACUCUCAGGACGAAGGGCUGACUGCAGGAAGACAGAACGAGCAGUGGGUCCUGGACCCAGACACUCAGUUGGCGGCCCCCCUACUUGGAGUACUGACCGGGAGUUGCUGAGCUUCCACGGAGACUUGCAGCAGCCCCAGGGCCUCAGAGGGCACGGCGCCCCAGAGCCUUGCAUCUGAUUCUCAUCACCAGCUGUCACCAGACUUUCAUGCAAUGUUCCAUUCUUUUCUUUUAUCUUUUUUCCAUCUCUCAGCAUGCAAAGGAUUGAAGAAGCCGUGACACUCGCUGCCACAUGGAUGCCCCCUGAGAUCUCUACGCUACAGGAGAGAAGUCAGACAAAGAAGGACACACAGGGUGUGACCCCACUGAGGAGAAACAUUCAGAACAGUGCCUGGGGUUUGAUGAUGGAAACUGACACCGAGGGCGUCACCAUGUGUGGGGUGACGUCAGGGAAAAAAUCCCAUGGCGAGGGACUGCCUGAGGACCACGUGCACCUGGGACCUCCCUGCCCCCUGCCUGCAGCCCUGCACCUGGGAGCGGAGCUGAUGCAUCACGUGCCUGAAGUCAUGGAAUUCAUCUCCAGCACAGAGUCAGCAUGUGUGCGGAACCCCAGCAGGCGGGACUUCUGGGCCUGCAGCCUCACCAGCUCCCUGAGGAUCACGCAGUUCUCCUGGAACCCAGAGAUGGAAGGUGCUGGGGACCAUGGGCCAUGCCCUCCCCGCGGGCCCCGGGCCAGGUCUCUGCAGGUCCUUUUGGAACCAGAAAUGGCAUGAACCGUGAUGGGCUCUAAGAACAAGGGCAGGAAGAAAUGUGGCCAGGAUCUCCAGGAGCCACCAAGGGGCCUCCCCAGGCUCAACAAGGCAAACACGGCUGCCAUGCAGACAGCAGCUCAUCCCCACGGCGCCCGAACACCCAGCGCCUGGACGGUGAGACGCCUGUUGCUGCAGGUGGCCCAUGGCUUGCUAAUGAGGCCCGGCCCCAGGCGUACGACAUCUUCUCUGGGGCCACCUCUCCGGUCUGCGGGGGUUUCUCCUGGGAGCCCCCAGUCACCACAGAACCAGUGUGGCCUGUCUGUAGCCCAAGAAGGUGGGGACACAGGACUGUCCCCCAUGCCCCCUGCAUCACCCGCGAGGCCGAGCGACCACCAGUGUUGUCUGUGGGGAAGGUGAAGGGCUCAUGCACAACCCCCAUCUACAGAAGCACAGACUGCAGCCACAUGCGGUAUGCAACAAGCACAAGUGUCCAUGCAGGACCCGAUGUCUGAAUGUCAAGGCUGUGCCCAGGCCACAGUGAGAAGGCCCAUCCCCCAUGCAAGCCACAGAGAGGGGAUGGGGGGCCAUCUGCGAUUCUGAGCUCAUUGGGCAUCACCCCAGAGGGAGAGGGUGAGGGAGAGAGGUAGACAGAAGUACAGAGGGAGAGGGAGAGAGAGGGAGGGAGAGACGUCUCUCCC